AUGUCUUCUGUUUCUCAACUGCAACAGGCAAUUGCGGCCCUCCGGCUGUCCCUGGCGGAAAUUCGCCACAAGGAAGAACAGCUGGACGCGAGCAUCGCCCAGUUCCGCACCCAGUUGCGCCGCCUGCCCCGGCAGACCAUCUACGGCCGCGCCCCGCUGGACAUGGCCCUAUCGGCAAUGGGCGAGAUCGAAGAGCGGCUGCAGGACGCCGAGGACAACCAUCGGCGCGUGCUGUCCAUCAAGAAGGCGGCGUUGGACGAACUCGCCGCCCUGGAAUCGGUGCAGCAGGUCGAUCAGGCUCGCAAGGAACUGGCUCAACUGAAACAGCAGGCUGGGCACAACGGCGCGUCAGGGGAAUCCGCCGCGGAAAUCCGCCGCCUCGAACAGUUCAUAGCAGAGCACAGCAAGCGCGCCGAGUUGGCGAUCACCGCCAGCUUCGAGGAGCGGCGCGGCCAGCGUUAG